AUGGGGAAGCCAAAGAAGGUAAUCCCCGAUUUGUGUCGGGGGUUUGUGUUGGCGGAGGAGGAAAGGGACGUCACCACCCGCGAUUGCAUCCUUUACGCUCUAGGGACUGCUGCAUGUCAGGUACAUUUGGUGCCCGGGGAGGCCGCUCCUCUGACAGAUUGCUCAUACUUGAUGACACAGGACCCUCUCGACGAAAAAGACCUCCGUUACUGCUAUGAGGGGAGCUCUCUAGGUUUUUCUGUAUUACCAACAUUCGCCACGACGUUUAUGUCUGUGGCUGCUAUCUUUGAAGGCCUCGACAAAUGCCCUGGGCUUCCCGACUUCAACCCGAUGCGUCUGCUCCACGGCGAGCACAAGUUGACCCUAUUCCAGCCUCUGCAAGCAGAUAUUAGAGUGAGAUGUCGUGCCGCGAUUCAGGAUGUUCUCGAUAAACGGGUGGAUUCGGGCCUUGCAAAGAUGGGUGGCUUCUCGAGGCCUAUACUCCAUGGGCUAUGCACUUUGGGAAUAGCUACAAGGCAUAUCAUUAAAGAAUGCUUAGAUGGAGACCCCGCUCGUGUGGCAAGUAUAUCCUGUCGCUUCACGGCGCCCACUACCCCAGGGGACCGCCUCCGCGUGUGCAUGUGGGGCGUAAACACUUCUACUGUCGUCUUUCAAGUUCUAGAUCUCUCCAACAAGGGCACAGUUGUUCUCAGAGGCACACUGGAAAUUAAGCCCCUUACCACUGGAAACGCAAAGCUUUAG